GGAGCAAGAUAGGGAGCAAGGUAAAGAACAAGGCAAAUAAAAUAGAAUACGAGACAGUAGAAAUGUGUAUAUAUUGGCUUGCAUCUAAGUAUUUUAUUCAAGGCAAUAAAGAUGAUGCCAAUAAAGAAUCUAUUAAUGAAGAUGAAAGCAGUGGCAGUAACGAAACCAAUAGUAAAAACAAAACAAACAAUGAUGAUGAACUCGCAAUUGACGUCCAAAAUGGAAAUCAAAACAAAAAGGAAGUGCUUAUUAGACCUGUUGGACACUAUGCAAUGAAAUUACAUCCCACUUCCGAACAGAGAGGCAUUUUUAUUAAUUGGGUGGCGAAUGCAUCUUUAUUAGAUAGACUGGCAUCAUUAGCGUCAGCAUAUUACAUAUUAGUUGGUAUAUUUGCAGGAAUAUCUAAAGCAGCAGGGCCAUGUAUGGAAGAUAAUUCAUUAGAAGAUUGGCCAUUCAUACCGUUAUUAUUCAUUUGGGCACUACCCAUAAUUUACGUAAGAAUAAGUAAUGGAGUAGUAGUAUAUAAAUUCUCAGAAGAUUCUUUUCCUGAUCAAUCAAUACUUGUCACAGCUUUCGAAGAAAAGGACCUUCAUAAAAAACGAAUAUAUGUUGCGAUUACUGCUUUAGCUUCAGUAGCACUACCUUGGUUAGCAGUAAUCAUUGCAUAUUACACUCCCCCAAUUUGA